AUGGCUGUGGAAGGACCAUCGGUUGGACAUCCCCCAACAGGGCCAACCAUACCAGCGCCUCCCAGCCCGGUGAACCAGGGAUCGUCCACGGCGACAGUAACGCUGCCGCCACCACCGAUCCCGGUCACCACAUCCGCCACUAUUGGUCCAACGACGAUAGUGACACCCGCAACGCAGACUUACCCGUCUAUGUCAAGCGGGCCAGGCUUCGACCCAAGCCAGGCAACACCCAGCCACAGCUACUUUGGGUCAAGGCCAUCGUACCCGUCCUUGUAUCCAUCCAUAUUCCCGAACAUGGACUUUAACUUUAGUCCACAUCCGGCCACAGGCCAGGCUCAUACCAGCGGCGUGGAUCCAAACCGGACCAACCCGCUGAGCCCAAUGUUCGGGCCACCGGCCACACAAGGACAGAUGGGAGGCCAAAGUGGUACACCAACGGUGCAACAACCACUAGUAGGCCAAAUAAGCCUAUUUGGCCCUCCUAUCUCGGCGGCAGCCCAAACGGGCCAAGCUCAGCCGCAGACGGGCCAGAAUGUGCCCAUGGGCCAAAGCGUGCCCCAACCACUAGGCGGACCGCCAACGGCGGCCACGCCACCAGGACCCGCAGCCCAACCAGGCCAGGGCCAGAACGCGCCCAUGCUGGUCUAG